AUGGACGACGAAAGAGAAGAGCAGAAACGUGUGGCGUCACUGAGCACGGUGUCUCUCGAUCCGUACUCGGAAAUAACUGAUGAAGCAGCUGAAGGGAUAGAGCCAUUGAGUCGGAGCCGGUGCAUGUGGGCACCAUUUGUGGUGAUGGCAGGUCUACUGUUGGUCGCCGUUGGGCUGGUACUCGUGCUGGAUGCUGACCACGCCAGUCGACGGAUUAGUACCGUCGAAGAAGACCCGCUUCUAUCCGCACUGUCGUCAAACACGAGCGCCAAAGCUGGUCUCAAGGCUCCUGCACAGACGCUGAUGAAGUGGCUGGAACAGGCGCACCGCGCUAGCGAAGUCUAUGUCGAAGGCGGUAGCAGUGACAUGGACCUGAACGGUGUGCUCUUUCCGCAACAUGGCACUGACGCGUUGCUGCCGUUCAACGCGAUGUUAUCCGUCACGUCCGGAAUCACUGUAACUAGUCAACGCUAUAUCGCUGUGGCAAACGGACGCGGCUACAAGUGGACCGUGACCUCCUUCGGUGUCGGCGAUAAUGUCGCUACGCAAGGCUGUUUGACUGCAAUGCACGUUUUCCCUUACAACGGGCUCGACUCGAUUGUACGAACAGCGAACUGGACAUCCUCGAGCGUGGAUGAGAAGAACGAAGUGAACGUUCGUGUGGAUGGAGAGACGUAUACGGUUUAUCUGGAAGACGACUACCUUUUGAGUAACGAUCGUUGCUGGACCAUUGAGCGGCACGGCCUCGAGUUCGCGAUGCGCGUUUGCACCUCCGCGACCAGUGCACAGGUCCUGCAGACGGAAUACGACGAUCUAUUCAAUGCCACCGCCCAGUGCCCGCAACUUGCACCGAAUGCAACGCAGGCCCGCACACUAUUGUCAGUGCCGCUGCCGUUGCGUAAAUGGUACGCUAGCUACCAAAUGUAG